AUGCAGCAACUCUCCCCACGCAGUGAGCAAGUGAUUCCUCCUGCAUUGCGGCCGGUUUUCCGAGCAUACGUCCUGGGAUAUGCCUCUUCGACGGGGCCGAGGCUUUUAACUCUACUCUUGACACAUCUAAGUCGAAGGCGGAAGAAGGUCGACGAGGAGCCCGACGACCCUUUUUUCCCAGCUCUGUUUCGUAUCUUGAAAGGGGGCUUGGAGUUUCAAAGAUUUCCUACGUUUUGUGCCGCACUUGUCGGAGGUUCAACUUUACUACAGGCACGUGACCCCCUGCUUCCCAUCUUACACAAGUCUAAACUUGCAAGAUGGCUUUCGACUUUCAUUGCUGCAUGGUUCAGUCUGAAGCUCCUUCAAUCAAAAGACAGUGAUGCAUUCGUUGACCAUGUGACGGUCGAUACCCCUACUGGACGGGUCGAAAGGCCCAUCCGUUGGGCAGGUAGAACCAUGGACUUGUCGCUUUUCGCUGUUACCAGAGCACUUGAUGUGAUCAUCGGAGAGCUGUGGUCGCAUCGAAGAGCAAGACGAACGGGUUCGGGGAAACGGAGCACGACCGAUGUUGCCGUGUCAACUCUAGCUGACUCCUUGAUUUUCUCGACUUCCUGCGCCUUGAUCAUGUGGGCUUGGAUUUACACGCCAGAUCGUCUGCCGCGUUCAUACAACAAAUGGAUCAAGUCGGCUGCAGCAGUUGAUCAGCGGCUCCUGAUAGCUUUGCGCCGCUGUCGUUAUGGCGAAAUUAAAUACGGAGUUGAGACCGGACAAGCUCACCUCCUAGCAGGUAUGUGCAAGACCUAUCAUUGGCCUCUGGAGUACGGGGAUCCUGUGAAGAGCAUCCCCUAUCCAUGCGAGAUAGUCCACAUGGGUACUGGCAAGAAUUGCGAGUACCAUGCGGUAUCGAGAUUCGCUCGGUCUUUCGUAUGGGCCUUUUCGACCUACCUCCCCUUAAACAUUCUCCUUACAUUACGAAAACCAUCGAAAAAUGCGAUCACGAAUGCGGUGAAGUCCUCAGCCCGUUCUUCGGCCUUCCUGGGGACCUUCAUAGCAUUAUUUUAUUAUGGUAUUUGCCUCACACGGACUCGUAUCGGACCUCGUGUAUUAGGAACAUCCACUCCAGUCUGUCAACAGAUUGACUCUGGAAUGUGUGUUGGUGGUGGAUGCGCACUUUGCGGAUGGAGCGUCUUGAUCGAGAAUGCAGGACGAAGGAAAGAACUUGGUCUUUUUGUUGCACCGAGAGCAUUGGCUACGCUCCUCCCAAGACGGUAUCUGAUGGAAGAUCAGUGGAAAGAGACGCUGGCUUUCGCAAUGAGCACGGCGGUGGUAUUUACGUGUGUCGGUGAGAAGCCGCAGCGGGUUCGUGGCGUUUUAGGGAAACUUCUACAUGAAGUCUUAAAUCAGUGA